ACCCACGUUGGUCAAGAUACAAACAUUUGAAAAGAUAAACUCAACUAGCAUUGAUUCAAUGAGAAAAUUCACAACUUUGAGUGGCAUAUUGAAAGAUGAAGCUUCACAAAUGAAACUCAAUAUGGUUCAUUUGUGUAGCUCGGAGAAUGCUAAAACCAUUGAUUUGGCUCUCUUGAAAGCCACGACUCAUACCCCACAUGAGCCACCUUCCGACAAAUACGUCACAUUCCUCCAAUCAACUGUUGACACGUGUUAUGGUCUUGAAACUGUUGUCGCAAUCGUGAAGAGGUUGCGUUUGACGACAGACGUGUGCGUGGCUGCUAAAUGUCUCAUUCUUCUCCAUAAGAUGAUUAAAUCAGAAAAUGGAUACAAGGGAGAAAAUAGUCGUCGUGGCAAUCCUAGUCAUCGUACUUUGAUUUAUAAUCAAGGAGGGAGUAAUCUUAUUUUGAACGAUCUUAAGGUAGAUUCGUCUAGUUUUACUACAGAGUUGUAUCCAUGGGUUCAAUGGUACAAACAAUACUUAGAUUGUUACUUAUCCAUCGCAGAGGUUUUAAGCAUUAUUCCAAGUAUACAAGAAAAUUCAGAAGAUAAGCGUUACGAAACUCAACGAGUCUCAUCUUACACAACCGACUGCAUUUUCAAACAAAUUGAUUUGUUGGUGGAUCUAUUCGAACUCAUAAGUGGCAGGCCAGAAACUCCAACGUCGAAACCGAACAAGAUUGUUAUUGAGAUGAUAGAAGUAAUAGUAAAAGAUUAUUUAUCGGCCAUGAGAUUGAUCCAGAUAAGGUUUGUAGAAUUGAACGAAAGAAUAGCUAAACCGGACGAACUGGUUCCGGUCUUGGUAAGGCUUGAGAAGUGUAAGGAAGGUAUGAGCGAGUUUUCUUGGCGAGGCAAAUAUUUGGUUGAAGAUUUUUGGAGUUUGGUAUUAAAAUUAAAAGAUGGAAAACGUUAG